UCAAAGUUCAAAAAAACAAACGCUUUCCUUUUCUUCCCACAUUUAAUUUAAUGCCACACAUGAAACUUAACUCACUUUCCUAUUCUAAUCCAACCCUCAUUUGAAUCCAAAUCUUCACCACUCUCUCCGCCUUCCACCACCGUUGACUCUCUCACUCUCAGGAAAAAUGGCAGGAAAAGGAGGGAAGGGACUCGUUGCAGCGAAAACCACCGCGGCUAAGGACAAAGAUAAAGAUAAGAAGAGACCCACUUCUCGUUCAUCUCGUGCCGGAAUUCAGUUUCCUGUGGGUCGUAUCCAUAGACAGCUGAAACAGAGGGUUCAGGCGAAUGGGCGUGUUGGUGCAACUGCUGCAGUGUACUUGGCCUCCAUUCUUGAGUACCUGACUGCAGAGGUUCUUGAAUUGGCUGGGAAUGCGAGCAAGGAUUUGAAGGUGAAGAGGAUAACUCCUAGGCAUUUGCAGCUUGCUAUCAGGGGAGAUGAGGAGCUUGAUACCCUGAUCAAAGGGACUAUUGCUGGUGGUGGUGUCAUUCCUCACAUUCACAAGUCCUUGAUCAACAAAACUGCCAAGGAAUGAAAAGACCAUUUUGAUUGUGUUUGCUGAAACUAGGUUCUGUUUGUUAUGACUUUAUGAUGGUUAUCAUAGUUAGGGUGGACUAUGGAGUGAUUUCUGUGUAGAACUGGGAUGUUAGCAUGUAAAUGGUACUUUGACUGGUUUAAUUGGUGUGUCUUAGAGUUGUAAUGUUGUUGAGUUUUACUCUUUAGACAAUGGUUUGUUCUUAGAUGAUUGUGUGAUUUGGCUUCAUUUGAUGACCAUUUGCUCCCAUGGUGGCUUGUUUUGUUUUGAUCUUUUCAAUGGUUUGGCUACAUAUACUGAUUACUCUUUGCAAAACUUUGCCAUGA